UACGGGUCCCCCCCUCGCAGCUGGCUCAAUCUACGCUUGGGGAUGAAUGAGCGGGCUGUGACGGAGGAGAAAAUCCUGCAUUGCCAGAGUCCCAACUGCGCCGAGAAGCGGAGAGCUGUGAAGGUAUGCCACCAUGCCGAGUGCCAGCAGCUGAACCACAACAGCCCCCUCCACUUGUGCGAGACCUGUGACGGACGCUUCCACAGCACCAUGCAUUUUGACAGCCACAUCCGCUUCGACUUGCAAGGUUCUGUCCUGGCACGGAAUGUCUCCACACGAUCGUGUCCGCCACGCACCAGCCCUGCUUCAGAUGUGGAGGAGGAUGACGAAGGGCUGAUGGACGGAAGAGGGGAUAAGAAAAGUUCAGCGCUGAAGUUGCCUAAGAAGAAGGCCAGGAGGCGGCACACAGACGAUCCCAGCAAGGAAUGCUUCACCUUGAAGUUUGAUUUGAAUGUGGACAUCGAGACGGAGAUUGUGCCAGCCAUGAAGAAGAAGUCCCUGGGUGAAGGACUGUUGCCUGUGUUCGAGAGGAAAGGCAUCGACCUGUCGAAGGUGGAUAUUUACCUGGAUCAGUCCAACACGCCUCUCUCGCUCAACUUUGAAGCCUACCGAUUCGGGGGCCACUACCUGCGUGUGAAAGCCAAACCUGGGGAUGAGCUCAAAGUGGAGCAGGCAGUGAAAGACUUCAAGUCCCUUAGCCUGCCCAUCAUGUACCCUUCUGGGACCGGCCCAUCUUUCCCCUCCACCCCUUCACUGGAUCGGCUGGAGCAUCUGCCGCUGCGCAGAGAGGGUGCUGAUUUCUUGGCCCCUGGACGGCAGAGGAAAAACAUGACCGAGUUUUUGGGCGAUGCCAGCAUUCCGGCCCAGGAUCCCUCGCAGCAUAUGGGCAGCUCCUUGACCAGCAAUGGCAUCGAUACCUGGAAGAACCGGGCCGCCAGCCGAUUCAGUGGUCUCUUCAGUUCGGGGAACAGCGCCAGCCCCUUUUCACGGGAGAUGGACAAGAUGGAGCAACUCGAAAGCAAACUGCACACCUAUAGCCUCUUCGGGCUGCCCAAGUUUCCACAGCAGCUCUGCUUCGAUCAAGACUCCUGGGAGGAGGAAGAUGACAUCGAUUCCAGCCUGUGCCUGGAAGACAGCUGGCAGGAGAUCAUUGAGGGCACUGAGGCUCUGACCCGCCGGCAAUGUCACCAGCAGGAGGCGAUCUGGGAGCUGCUGCACACGGAAGCCUCUUACAUCAAGAAGUUGAAAGUCAUCACAGAUCUGUUCCUCUGCUGUCUUUUGAACCUGCAGGAAUCGGGGCUGUUGUGUGAGGUGGACGCCGAGCGGCUGUUCAGCAACAUCCAGGAAAUCAUCCAGCUGCACCAAACACUCUGGAGAAGCAUCAUGGGCCCCAUCCUGGAGAAGGCCAGGUCCAGCCGGGCCUUGCUGGACCCCAGCGACUUCUUCAAGGGCUUCAAGAUGUUCGGCUCCCUCUUCAAGCCUUACAUCCGGUACUGCAUGGAAGAGGAAGGCUGCAUGGAAUACAUGCGCAACUUGCUGCGCGACAACGAAAUCUUUCGCAACUACGUCACGUGGGCCGAGAAACACAAGCAGUGCAACCGGCUGAAGCUGAGCGACAUGCUGGUGAAGCCGCACCAGCGCCUCACCAAGUACCCGCUGCUGCUCAAGUCCGUGCUGAAAAAGACAGAAGAGCCCCACGUCCGGGAAGCCAUCGUCACCAUGAUCAACUCGGUGGAACGCUUCAUCAACCAUGUCAACUCGCGCAUGCGCCAACGCCAGGAGCAGCAGCGCCUGGCUACCAUCGUCAGCCGCAUUGAUGCCUAUGAGGUGGUGGAGGGCAGCACCGACGAAGUGGACAAGAUCUUGAAGGAGUUCUUGCGUCUGGACCUGACGGCCCCCAUCCCGGGGACGUCCCCCGAGGAGACGCGCCAACUUCUGCUGGAGGGGAGCCUUAAAAUGAAAGAAGGCAAAGAUAGCAAGAUGGACGUCUACUGCUUCCUGUUCACGGACCUCUUCCUCAUCACCAAGCCGGUGAAGAAGGCUGAACGCACAAAGGUCAUCCGCCAACCGUUGCUUGUGGAUAGGGUGGUGUGCCGGGACCUCAAGGACCCUGGUUCCUUCCUGCUGAUCUAUCUCAACGAGUUCCAGAGUGCUGUGGGCGCCUACACUUUCCAGGCCAGUGGGCAGUCUUUGUGCCGAAGCUGGGUUGAAGCCGUUUACAACGCCCAGAACCUGCUGCAGCGCCUGCGUCUGCAGGAACACCAGCGUAGCCAGCAACUGCAGAGCCUGGAGGAGGAGGAAGAAGAGGAAGGGGAGAGCGGCACUUCUGGGUCCAGCUCCCCCACAAUCCUUCGGAAAAGCACCAACAGCUUGGACUCACAGCAGUGCCUCUCCGACGGCUCCACAGAGACCAUCUCGGUCGUCGUGGUCGACGCCAGCGAGGGACCCCCUUCCCCGGAUUUCGAGAUCGGCCCGUUCAGCUCGCAGUCAGACGAGGCCUCCAUCAGCACCACGGCCUCCUCCACCACCCCAACCAUGGAGUUGUGCGAGGCCGUCCCUGCCGGUACCCCCCACUGCCUGAAACCCGAGCCGGGCGCCUGCCGCUCGGCGUCCAUCGACAGCGCCUAUGGGACCCUUUCGCCCACCUCGAUCCAGGAGUUCGCCGAACAGCAGCGACGGCAGCAGCCAGAGACUGCAGAGGAGGAGGAGGAGGUGGAGGAAGAAGAGGACUGCGCCACCGCCCCUUUGCAGCGGGCUGGCUCCCCCAAGCUGCGCCGGAGGACCCCCGUGCAGCUGCUGCCUGCCAAGACCAAGGUGCUGAAAUCUAAGUCCGAGGCCAACCUCCUGCAGCUGGUUCCGUCCUUCCUGGCACUGCAGCUGUCCCAGAGCAAAAGCCUCUCCGAACUGUGCCCAGACGUGUGCCUCUUGGGCUCCCCAAGGACUAGCAGACCCAGAAGCCGGCGCAGCAGCAAAACGGCCGGUGUGGACGCCGGCAGCAGCAGCAGCAACAGCAGUGCCUCGGAGCUGUCCGAGGCCGAAGAGUUGUCGUUGGUCGGGGCCUGCAUGUCUCCAGCCCUGGCCGCCACCUCUGAAGGGCCACCGCAGCCCCCUUGCCGGCUGACGAGCGAGCUCCAAGGGGAAGAACUGUCCGCCGUCUGCCGGACUCUGUCUGACCCGCAGGCGAUCCAGCACCGCAAACUGACGCUGGCGCAGCUCUACCGCAUCCGCACGACGUUGCUGCUCAACUCCACGCUCACUGCCUCGUGA